AAAAUAGAAUUUGUUAAAGUCGCAUCUUGUAACAACAAGAAAAAUGAACUUGAUUCCGAGUCCAAAUGCUGGACAACCACAUUCGUUUUCUGUUAUAAACUUUGAUAAUGAUGAGAUUUUACCCCGCAGCGGUCACAGGAUUGUACUGGACCGACAUUGCCUGUACAGUUGGGGAGGUUACAACGCCGACUUGUGGGAACGGGAGAAUGAUGAACACACACGGUUUCCAUUGCUAAGAGAGUUAUUGGAGUUCAACUUCACAACAGGAAAAUGGAGAAAACUGACAACCACAGGACAAUGUCCAGAGGGCUUGGCCUCACACACUGUGAUAAAAAUCAAUCGACACCUCCUUCACCUGGGGGGAUCAGGUGUACCAUUCGGCCAGUCCAACUCUAAUGCACUGUUUGAUCUCAACCUGGACACCCUAGAAUGGAAAUGUAUCCUUCCAGAAGACCAAGACAAUGCUCCUAGACCUAAAUAUGGCCAGGCAAUGGUGUAUGUAGAUGGUUACCUGUAUGUGGUUGGGGGUACCAGUGGGUAUAUGUAUGACAUGGACGUGAAUAGACUCAACUUGGCAGAUCUCACCUGGGAGUCUCUCGUUCCUAAAUCAGCACAUGUGCCAGAAGAAAGAUAUAGGCAUGAGGUGGUCCACUUCAAAGAUAAGCUGUACAUGAUUGGCGGGGGGACAGCGCUCACUGCCUUCCCCCUCAACGAAAUAGAUUCCUUCGAUAUUGUCAGCCACCGGUGGGAAAAAGUUCUCACAAAGCCUUAUCAUAGAAAAUCUAGACCCAAAGGAGUGUAUCCAUCCCCCAGGAAAUGCCACAGUUGUCACCUUGUAGUUGAUAGCAUGAACCAAGAAAAUGCAGACAUCUAUUUGAUUGGUGGCAUGUCGGAAUCCAAGAUCGAGCAAUAUUUGUGGCGAUUGAAUCUUCCCAGCUUGCAAUGGACCAUGAUUUCUCCACGCCUUCGACUACCAGUGCCAGUGUACUUCCAUGCCAGUGCUAUAUCCAGUGAUGGUUGUCUGUGUAUAUUUGGUGGAGUAACCAAGAUAGACUCUGAGCGGACAAACAGCCUUCAGACAGUGUGGCUGACCGUGCCGUCGCUACAGGCGAUGAGUUGGCACGCGGUGUGCACUAGACUGGACAAGGCCGCCAUAAUGGACAAUGUGCAGGGGCUCAGGGAGGCCGGGGUACCAGAACAACUGCUCGACUUCAGAUGAUAGUGGUGUUACUGUGGUCACCUUGUUGUUUGUUGCUAUCUUGAGAUUUGUGUGCUGAAUUGUUGAUGAUAAAGGAUAUGAACCAGGUCUUUCAAGGCUCUCGGAAACGCUUAAUCAAGCGUAUUGGUACGCAUAAAUUUGAAAAAUGUCGCCUAUUUGAAACCAAUUGAGAGUCACCAGGACGGGUCUUUUUGAAUAACUGGGAUCUUCAAGUCAAUUCAUUAACAAACAAAACAUGUAGGGCAACCUCCUAUUUAAGCUCAAGCAAACACAAUCUAUUUCCUCACACCUGUUUGAAAUCGAAUAAAUCAAGUGCAGUAAUGUUUCUAAAUUGUUUGAUAGUUUUCCCACAUCCCAUCUUCUAAGGAGCUAAGCCCUGAUGCUUUAUCUGAUAGUGAGAGCAAGCUUCCAGUAAUGUAGUAUUGAUUUAUGCCAUUUCAAAUGGCCACUUGCUGAUGUGUCACAAAUGUACAAUUUUAACUUCCUAGAAACUUGCCCCUGAAAGACCUUUGAUGUCUGCCAAAACCAUUCACAACUUGCAGUAUUGUUCAGGCAUAGGUUUAAUUGAUGUCAUCUGGUAACACUGUUGUGAUUGUCAAAGACUUUUGUAUUUAACUGGUUUUGUUGUUGUUUCAAAUGGAAAUAUCAUUGCAGGGUAGUUAUGUUUUGUUUACAAAAAAGUAAAUGUAUAUAAGUGGGGUGUGUAUGUAAAUAUAUGAAGCACUUUUAUGCACACUUACCUUCAAAAGAGUUGUUUAUUUUAUUUUUUUCUACAUGAUUUUUUAUUUAAGUAACAAUAAAGAGAACAUAAUGAUUGGGAUUCCUAAUGUACAUUUUGUAUUUGGGUUUUUAAUAAUGAAACCAACAAUUAUAUUAUUUAUUAUUUUAUAUUCAUUCUUUAUUUAAAUGGAUUUUUAUGCCCCCCUUCGAAGAAGAGGGGGUAUAUUGCUUUGCUCAUGUCGGUCGGUCGGUCGGUCCGUCCACCAGGUGGUUUCCGGAUGAUAACUCAAGAACGCUUGGGGCUAGGAUCAUGAAACUUCAUAGGUACAUUGAUCAUGACUCGCAGAUGACCCCUAUUGAUUUUGAGGUCACUAGGUCAAAGGUCAAGGUCACAGGUGAAGGUCACAGUUACUGGAAAAAGGCAUUAUAAGGAUUAAGCAUGGUUCAAACAAGGGAAACAACUACGGUUUAUGCAUGUUCUUUUUAUUACAGAUUUGCCUCCCUUUAAUUCAUUCAAAAUCUCAUUUUACAGCAGAGAUUCCAAAUCUGACCUGUAAAUGAGCACCAUAUUUACUGCCAGUGCUAGGUUACCUUUUCCCAUUUGAUCAUUCUUCAGUAUUGGUAUUGUAAUGCUGCUACUGCUGCUGCUACUGCUACUGCUUCUGCUACUACUACUACUACUACUACUACUACUACUUCUACUACUACUUCUACUACUACUACUACUGCUACUACUACUACUACUACUUCUACUACUACUACUACUACUACUACUACUACUACUACUACUACUACUACUACUGGUGGCAACCCUGAUAAACUACAUAGCAACUUCAUAUUUGGCUUACUGGGGGGCAUUGUAUUUCUCAAAGAAAUCUUGUUUGCUGAAAAUUUGAAGACGAGUGCAAUAUUCAUUGAGACUCCUAUUUUUUAUGCCCCCUUUCGAAGAAAAGGGGGCAUAUAGUGAUCGGACUGUCCGUCUGUCUGUCCGUCUUUCCGUCACACUUUGCAUUUAGGUUUCGAAAAAUGCUCAUAACUUCUUUGUCCCUUGAGAUAUAACCUUCAUAUUUGGUAUGCAUGUGUAUAUGGACAAGGCCUUUCCAUACGCACACAAAUUUUUACCCCUGUGACCUUGACCUUGAACUUAGGGUACACGUUUAGGUUUCGAAAUCUGCGUUUAGGUUUCGAAAAAUGCUCAUAACUUCUAUGUCCCUCGAGAUAUAACCUUCAUAUUUUGUAUGCAUGUGUAUAUGGACAAGGCCUUUCCAUACGCACAAAAAAUUUUACCCUUGUGACCUUGACCUUGAACUUAGGGUCCGCGUUUAGGAUUUGAAAUUUGCGUUUAGGUUUUGAAAAAUGCUCAUAACUUCUAUGUCCCUUGAGAUAUAACCUUCAUAUUUGGUAUGCAUGUGUAUAUGUGUAUAUGGACAAGGUCUUUCCAUACGUACACAAAUUUUGACCCCUGUGACCUUGACCUUGAAAUUAGGGUCCGCGUUUAGGUUUCGAAAUCUGCGUUUAGGUUUAGAGAAAAACUUUUAGAUACCGAUUGAGAGAUAAUUUAUUUUGCUGUAAAUCUGUGCAUAUUUUUUGGUGAUAAACAUAUGAACUGUUUA